AUGGCUGAUAACUUUUUCAGAAGUGCAGAUAAUGUGAAAAAGGAACCAGUUGAAGUGGUAGCAGAGAAUGCAGCAAUUGUGCAAAAAAAGAAUACUUUUGGAUGGAUUGCCAAGAGGGAAAGGGAAGAAACCAUACACAAGGAAGGACAACAAGAGGCUGAGGGAGAGGGUGAAAACAUACACAAGGAAGGAGAACAAGAGGCGGAGGGAGAGGGUGAAAACCUACACAAGGAAGGACAACAAGAGGCUGAGGGAGAGGGUGAAAACAUACAGAAGGGAGAACAAGAGGCGGAGGGAGAGGGUGAAAACAUACACAAGGAAGGACAACAAGAGGCUGAGGGAGAGGGUGAAAACCUACACAAGGAAGAACAAGAGGCUGAAGAAGAGGGUGAAAACAUACACAAGGAAGGACAACAAGAGGCUGAGGGAGAGGGUGAAAACAUACACAAGGAAGGAGAACAAGAGGGUGAAAACAUACACAAGGAAGAACAAGAGGCUGAAGAAGAGGGUGAAAACAUACACAAGGAAGGACAACAAGAGGCUGAGGGAGAGGGUGAAAACAUACACAAGGAAGGAGAACAGGAGGUUGGGAGGGAGGGUGGAAACAUACACAAGCAAGGACAACAAGAGGCUGAGGGAGAGGGUGAAAACCUACACAAGGAAGGACAACAAGAGACCGAGGGAGAGGGCGAAAACCUACACAAGGAAGGACAACAACAGCCUGAGAGAGAGGGUGAAAACCUACACCAGGAAGGACAAGAGGCUGAAGAAGGGGGUGAAAACAUACACAAGGAAGGACAACAAGAGGCCAAGGGAGAGGGUGAAAACAUACACAAGGAAGGAGAACAAGAGGCUGAGGGAGAGGGUGAAAACAUACACAAGGAAGGAGAACAAGAGGCUGAGGGAGAGGAUGAAAACCUACACAAGGAAGAACAAGAGGCUGAAGAAGAGGGUGAAAACAUACACAAGGAAGGACAACAAGAGGCUGAGGGAGAGGGUGAAAACAUACACAAGGAAGGAGAACAGGAGGUUGGGAGGGAGGGUGAAAACAUACACAAGCAAGGACAACAAGAGGCUGAGAGAGAGGAUGAAAACCUACACAAGGAAGAACAAGAGGCUGAAGAAGAGGGUGAAAACCUACACAAGGAAGGAGAACAAGAGGCUGAGGGAGAGGGUGAAACCUACACAAGGAAGGACAACAAGAGGCCGAGGGAGAGGGUGAAAACCUACACAAGGAAGGACAACAAGAGCCUGAGAGAGAGGGUGAAAACUUACACCAGGAAGGACAAGAGGCUGAAGAAGAGGGUGAAAACAUACACAAGGAAGGACAACAAGAGGCCGAGGGAGAGGGUGAAAACAUACACAAGGAAGGAGAACAAGAGGCUGAGGGAGAGGGUGAAAACCUACACAAGGAAGAACAACAAGAGGCUGAGAGAGAGGAUGAAAACCUACACAAGGAAGGACAACAAGAGGCUGAGGGAGAGGGUGAAAACAUACACAAGGAAGGACAACAAGAGGCUGAGGGAGAGGGUGAAAACAUACACAAGGAAGGAGAACAGGAGGUUGGGAGAGAGGUUGAAACCAUACACAAGGAAGGACAACAAGAGGGUGAAAACAUACACAAGGAAGGACAACAAGAGGCUGAGGGAGAGGGUGAAACCAUACACAAGGUAGGAUAACAAGAGGCUGAGGGAGAGGAUGAAAGAGGUGAAGAAGAAGCUGUAGUAGAAGAAAAAUAUGGGGGGGAAUGAAGAGAAUGAGUGCAUGUAGGAAAAGAGGUCAGGAGAAGGGAAUGAUACUAAUAAUUUGUUUGAAGUUCUAUCCCAUGAAAUUUUUGAUUUUGAGGGUAAAUGAUUACUUGUACAUAAACACAGAAAAAUAUGAAAUUGGGAAAAGAAUAAAAACAAGAAAAUGAAAAUAUAAAAACAUUUCCCCUAAACUUAAAAAGAAGGAAAAGCAACAAAUUUAGAGUACAUUUAGUAAAUGAAACAGUAUUAUUAACACUGUAAGAUGGAUAGGGAUACUGGAUGGCUAAAUGUGAUUUGGAUGUUAUUCUGUUAGAAGAUGUAUGAUUCCUGACAAGUGAAGAAAGACGUCAAACAGAAAAAAAUGUGUGGUGGAAAUAUAGGAAGUGAAUAUCAUUCUGGAGUGGCUGUGUUGUGAAACGAAACAAUAAAAUACUUGAUCUAACACUGGUAAGGAUGGGAAGGUUAACUGUUGUGGAUAUGAGGUAGAGAGAACAUGUUUAUACAAUUAUAGCAUUAUAUGCAUAUAUAACUAGCAAGGAAAGAGAGAAUCUGUUUAAUUAAAAAUUAGACUACUUAGUGGUUAAUGUAAAACUUUUAAUUGCAAGGGACCGUAACUGUGAUGUAAGGAGAAAUGUAAAAAGAAAGGGAAAGAUGUUAAAAAAAUACAGGAAGUGAUAAAAUGUGGUAAAUUAGUGGUGUGGAAUGAAAGUCAAUGGGCUUAUAGAGGGUGGGUGCAUUUGGAUUUGAAAUUGACUGUUUUGUAUUGGAAGGCUUGGGUGUAUCAGAUACAGUUGUGACGGGUUUUUCAGACCCUUUAGCAUUAUAGAUGGAGGUGAUAGAAGAAAGAGAGUAUAUUAAAAUAUGAAAGGGAAUAAAAAGAAUAAAUGAGAAAUUAUGGGAUGAGAUUGGGGGUGGGUGGGAAGGAUUGCAGUUAAGGAAGGAGCAUAUAACCAUGAAAGACUUCUAUAAAAACAGUACGAGUGGUGGAUCAAAUAUAAAAAGAAGUAUAAAAAGGUUUUUUUUCCAAUGGCAGGAUGAUGUAAGAAAGGAAGAGAAAGUGAAGUAUCUGAAAAUGUACAGAAAUGCAUUAAAGAAUUUAGAGCACAACACAAAAUAGUAUUAUGAUAUGGAAACAAGAAAUACAUAAACGAAAUUAAGAAAACGUUAAGGCACUAUUGUUUUUGGCAGAGUUAUUUAUUUACAAGGGAGAAGAAAGGAGGCACCUGUAUAUUUGGGUAAAAUAGUAAAGGAGGAAAUUAAUAUAACUAGGGAAAUGAAAAAUGCAAAAGGAGAGGUAAAAAGAACACAAGAGCAAAUUACAAAUAUUGCAGUACAGCUUGUGGAGAAUAUGUAUAAGUGUAAAAAGAAGGAAAUCAAGAGAGAGAGAGUGAGUUGGAAGUAAAAAUAUUCCAGAAUGAGUAAAAGAAGAAUUUGAAAAAAUAAAUUACUAUUAGUGAAUUGGAUGAAGUACUUAAAAAGUAGAUGUUUGUUCAGUAUAAACGUCUGGAUGGUAUAUGGUAUGGAAUGUAUAAGAAAUUAAUGGAUUGGCAAAGAAAGUAGUUUGUAAAUGUACUGAAUGGAUGAUUGAACCACUGU